AGCCGGCGGGUCCGGCUGGUGGACGGGGCUGGGCGCUGUGCAGGGAGAGUGGAGAUCUACUACCAGGGCCAAUGGGGCACGGUCUGCGACGACGCCUGGGACACGGCCGACGCUGAUGUUGUUUGCCGCCAGCUGAGCUGCGGGUGGGCUGUGGAGGCGGCCGGCUCCGCUCGGUUUGGCGAGGGCUCCGGGCAGAUCUGGCUGGAUGGUGUGAACUGCUCUGGGACUGAAGCUGCUCUCUGGGACUGUCAUGUCCAGGCCUGGGGACAGCAUGACUGUGGGCACAAGGAGGACGCAGGAGUUGUCUGCUCAGAGUUCAUGGCCCUGAGGCUGGAGAACAAAGAUGGCUGCUCCGGGCGCCUGCAGGUUUUCUAUAACGGAACAUGGGGGAUUGUUUGCUCCAACUCUAUGACUCCUCACACAGUGCCAUUGGUGUGCAAGCAGCUGGGCUGUGGGGACAGUGGGAUCCUGGAAAUGAGUUCGCGCUACGAUAAGCUUUCUGGCAUUGCAUGGCUGGAUCACAUCGAGUGUGGAAAGAGCAAUAGCUCCUUCUGGCAGUGUCCUUCUGCACCCUGGGACCCACAGUCGUGUGAUGAUCUGCGAGAUGAGACCAACAUCACCUGCAGUGGGAGACAGCCAGGAAGGCCUCUGGUGGCAGCAUGCCCUAACUCCACCAGUUGCACAGACAGGGAGAAGAUCCGUGCUGUGGGAGGCAAGGACAGAUGCUCAGGCAGAGUGGAGAUCUGGCACCACGGCUCCUGGGGGACAGUGUGUGAUGACUCAUGGGACAUGCAUGAUGCUGAGGUGGUGUGCCGGCAGCUGGGCUGCGGCCCUGCAGUGUCUGCCCUGGCUGAGGCUGCAUUUGGGGAGGGUACAGGACUCAUCUGGCUGGAGCAAGUGGAGUGCAAAGGGACGGAGCUAUCACUGCAGGACUGCUGGGCCCGGCCUGGAGACAGUGGUGUCUGCCGACAUAAGGAAGAUGUUGGAGUGCAUUGCUUAGCUUCACCCAGGAUGACAGCAUUCCCCCCACAAGCAGAUUUCCCCUCAGGUCAUCCAACUGGCAGAGGGAGAGUCUCUGUGCCUGUUGUCAUUUGCAUUAUCCUGGGGGCUCUUCUCUGCCUGCUCCUGGCCCUCCUGGCUGGGCAGGUGCAAAGUGCCAAGGCCCAGCGCAGAGACUCCAGGAGAAAUGAGGAGUCCUUCCCCGAGGUUGUGUAUGAGGAGAUCAGAUGCAGCUAUGCAUGGGAGAAGCAGACAAUGUUUGUUCACUCAGACAUUGCUAUCCUGCCUAUAGGUGAUCCAGAAGAUGGCUAUGAUGAUGCUAAGGAGGUUUCUGAACCUGAGAAUGAUCCUGUCUCUGGGCAGGGUCACUGUGAGGUACCCAGGACACAGGAGGAGGGAGAGGAGCCCAGGGAUGCAGUCAGAGGGGUGAGUCUGCACUCCCAGAGAAGUACUGGAGGCCUUGGAGCAGAUGGAGAUACCUUGUCCUUGUUCCCGAGGAGCAUGGGCUAUGAUGAUGUUGAAGAGGUGUCUCUGGCACAUCCCCAUGGGGAUAUGAGCACUGUGACACUAGAGUCACAGCAAAAGGAUCCGUGAGCCCCAGGCGAGGAGAACCCAUCUCUGCCAUGAACUUGAGUGCGGUUGCAAGGGAAGAGAAGUUGGUGCUGCUUAGAGAGCUGUGAGGUCCCUUUUACCAUGGGCAGCAGUAGUGGGGCAUUCCCUCUUGUAUUACUACCCUGUUUUUAUAUCAUGUGUUCUUAUUUGUUCAUAUUUGUUCUUAUUAAAACCCCUCGGAAGU